GGGUACCGGGGGGAGGUUUGGGGGCACAGGGUGGAGGUUUGGGGGUACCAGGGGCAGGUUUGGGGGCUCCCCGCUCUAACCCCCCCGCCCCCAGGAUGGAGUUCGUGACGGGGUACCGGGCGGAGGUGCUGGACCUGGCCGAGCUGCUGCUGGCCUGGCACCGGUGCCAGGCCGGGGGCCCCCAGGACGGGCCGCGCCAGCGGCGCCAGGAGGGGCACGUCCGGCGCCUGCCCCCCGACCCCGCCCUCUGGCUGCUGCACCUGCUGCCCAACCCCCGGCUGGGCCUGGGCCUGGCGCUGCCGGGGGGGGCCCGGGGGGAGCCCCGGGGGCGGCUCUGCGGGGAGGACGCCCUGCAGCUGGGGGACCUGCAGCGGGCGGUCACCUUCCUGCGCCUGGACGAGGAGGACGAGGGGCCGGAGACAGGCCAGGCCCUGGUGCACGUGGAGCGCCUCCUGCUGGUGACGGACGAGCACGGCACGGUGAUGGGCCUGGAUUUCCAGCUGGGGGCCGGGGCCCCCCCCCGGCCGGCCGCGCCCCCCCCGCUGGAGCAGCUGGCGCUCGGCCUGCUGUGCCAGAGCAUGGCCUGCCCGCUGGGCGGGGGGGAGCCCCGCCGGCCCCGGCUGCUGGCCGUGGGGGACCCCGCCUUGCACAAGUCGCUGGAGCCCCUGCUGCCCCGGCUGGGGGUCAGGCUGAGCGCGGGCCCCAUGCGGGGCUGGGGGCCGAAACCCACCUUCACCUUCCCCUCCAUGCGCGUGCGAGCCUGUCACGUGUGCAAGAGACACGCGUUCCAGGGGCGGCUGGCGCCCUGCCAGCAGUGCCGGGCCGUGCUGUACUGCUCCGAGCGGUGCCGGGCGGCCGACUGGGGCCGCAGCCCCGAGGACGCCGCCCACCGGGCCUGGUGCCCCCGCAUGGCCGGGUACAUGGCCCGCGCCCGCCAGCUGGCCGACCUGCCCUUCAGCUUCGCUGCCGAGGUGACCAGCGACGGGUUCAACAGGGAGGGGUUCCUGGCGGCCCGGGGGCUGACCGGGGGGUACUGGGCCCACGAGAGCAUGCUGGUCCGCGCCCCCGGCUACGGUGUGGGGCUGGGGGGCCGGCCCGACUGGAGACCCGGCCUCCUGCAGAGCGGGAACCCCUUCGAAGCGCUGAGGCCGGAGGGGGGCGCGGCUCUGCCCCCCACCUCCCCGGAGCCCCCUGCACCCAGGACCUAUUUCAUCCCGGAGCUGAACAUCCUGAACAAACAGUCGCUGCGGAUUCACAUCGUGGAGACGGGGACGGAGUCGGACAUGGCCCCCCUCUUCUGGGAGCUGUCGGUGCUGCUGCCCCACGUGUCGCUGGAGCUGCUGUUCGUGGGGGGCGUGUUGCCCCCCGAGGCCGACGGGCAGCAGGUCCUGCUGCAGAGAACGGAGGCGCCGGGGGUGCGCGUCUGGCCGGGCCCGGCCCCCAAGGCCAAGGGGGGGCGGGGGGGGCUGCAGCUGAAAUUCUGUGCCCAGGCCCCCCCCCUGCUGCCGGGCCCCAAACCCGACCUGGUCAUCGGGUUCAAUUCUGGCUUCGCACUGAAGGACACCUGGCUCAGCGCACUGCCCCGCCUGCAGGCGCUGCGGGUCCCGGCCUACUUCACGGAGUGCAGCGAGUACAGCUGCGCGGUGGACGAGGCCACGGUCUCCAUGGCGACGGGGGGCAGCACCGGCCCGGCCCACGUCAACCCCUUCCGCUCGCCCUUCCGCCAGGCCGGCGUCGACAACGCCAUGCCCUGGUACUCCAACGCCUUCAUCUUCCACCUGCUGUACAAGGGGGGGUCAGGGGGGGCGCGGCAGCCCCCGGGGCCGGCCCCACCCCCCGCCCCCACCCCUGCCCGCCAGGGGCCGGAGCCGGGCCCGGGCCGCGCCCGCCGGAAGGAGAAGCGGCAGAAUCGCAGCGGCCGCCGGCGCAAAUGA